AUGGUGAGUCGCAUUUGGACAAUCUGUGUGCUCUUAGUGCUCAGAAGCUGCUAUGCGUUUGCUCUGCAAACCAAACCUGAUCACAAGGAUCCAGACGACUUUCCCUUUACCACCGUGGUUGACAUACUUUGGCAAAACGUAGAGUUUUCUACUUUUCUCAGACAUAUCCAGAAGAGAGGUGAUAUAGAUUAUCUGAAUGACCUCAAUAACUUUACCAUAUUAGCACCACUCAAUUCGGCUUUCUUGACUGACAGGGAAACUUUGCAUACAGACGACUAUCUUCUGCAUGACUAUGUUUUGAAUCCCUUAGCUGUUAGAGUGGGGACACAUAUACUGGUGACGAACGAUAGCGUUCCGCACUUGCUGGAACUCAAAAAUGAUGGUGCUCUUCUACUUAAUGCCAAACCUGCUAUCAAAGAGGAUCAACAGCCCAACAUGCAAAAUGCUACGAUUUACAGUCUCAGUUCCCUUUUACCACGGGAGCAGCUUUUUGAUGAGUUGGCCAAAAGCAUACCUCAGAUCUCGUACUUCUCAAAGUUACUAGGAGGCCUAAACCACCCCGACUUGAAAUCUUUAUUCGAUCAUAGGACUGUCCUAAUUCCCAACAAUGACGCAAUGGAAAGGGAGUUUAACUCAGUGGAACUUGCUUAUUUAUUGAAUGGUGAUGAAAACGCAGAUGAGCUUCUAAAUUCAGGGAAAGCAAGACGUAAGCACUCUACGGACCGCGAAUACUUGUUGAAAAAGCUUGUACUUGACGGGGUCUUUGGUGGCCUUCAGGAUCCCGUCAAAGUUCGCAAUUUAAUAGGCGACUUGCUCUUUUUAACGUCUCACUCUAAUGGGUCUGAUAUUGCUGUGAACAGCUCGGUGGCAACGCUCAGUAACUCAAUCUAUAAGUCUGGUAUCGCACACGUUUUUCCGAAACUAGACUUUCUAUCCUAUGGCCUCAAUUUCACGGCAGAAAAGUACCUCAUAGGUUUGGGAGCUGCCCGUUUUGUGGAAGAAGUACACAUGAGAAAACUUUCUCAUCUCAUCAAUGGGACUUUUGAUGAGCCAUUGGCCAUUUUCGUUCCCGCGGAAACAAGUUACGACCUUCCUGGCUACUCCAAGAGUAGCUUGCUCUAUCACUUCGUGAACGCCGAUGUUUCUUUGAUCGAAGAGGAAUACAGCAAUUUCUCAACUAAGCUGUACGACUCAAUGUUUUGCUCAUCGAACAAACGUUUGGGAGGAAAAUGUCAACGGCUGAAAGUAGAAAUGAAAAACAAGAGUAGUGGCGUUGAGUUUAUUGUCAAUCAAAAGUACCGCGUAAAGAAUAAUGUACCUUUUAGAAUUGGCAACACGGCAAUAUAUUUGAUGGAACAUGAGGUCGUACUCCCAGGUGACUUUCUGACAGCUAUUAAUCCAUUUUCUGGCUGCUCAAAAUCUCUGGAAUUUUUGAGGGAGCUAAACCUCUUAGACCUUCGGCCUAAUAACAGAGGCUACACAGCUUUGCUACCUUGUUUUAAAUCGUGGAACACUAUGGAGCUCAAUUUGGAGUAUUUGGAGCAUAAUGUUACUGCGUUGAACAUGAUCAUGAAGAACUACAUUCUCAACGAUCUGAUAUAUACCGACUCUGAACUUCUUUCAUAUGAAACCUCAAAUUUAUAUGAUGAGCAAGUUUCGGCAACACUUCAGAGUGGGAAUGAGAGCAGUGUCAUAGAAUUGAACCUUAGCAGUAUUGCCGAGCCCGUCAAAUUGAGAAAAGGUCAUGACAUGUUUUUUGACCAGGGCGUCAUCCACCCCAUUAAUGAAAUCUACUACCCAGAAAAUCUGAGCAUUAGUCUUCAGAACCUCUUGGAGGUUACAGGUUCAUUUGACUUUGUGGCUUACUUGAGAAGUUUUGAUAGCCUCAAAGAUAUUUUCGACAACAGCGAUGAAUACUCACUCUUGGUCCCAACAGCUCUUUCCAUGCUACUGGAGGAUUUCGAUUUGAACUCGGGACAACUGGAAGAGUUCUUGAAGUUGCACGUCGUGUUCUCCAAUUAUACAGAGGCUCUUUUAGGCUGUGAAGAUGGUAUUAAAACUCUGCAAGGAAAUGAGUUAAACUGUAGAGAGAGUUCUUCUAACGCACAUCUUUUACGCGUGGCGGGCGGCGCGGAUAAAGAAGUUCGAAUACUAAAAAAGGGUUGCUCAUCGUCCGGCGGUCACUCGUGCGUGUUUGUUAUUGACAGGCCUAUUUCACUGUCAUGGAUUGAUAAAGAGGGUUACAAGCUGAGACUUCCAGGCACGGCAUUCGCAAUGGGCGCCGUUAUUGGAAUCAUGUUUAUCUUGGGUUUGCUUAGCUGCGCUCUCGUAAUAUUUGGGCGAAGGCAGGCCGGUAGUAAAAUCCGGGUUGACGAAAGGACUGCAGUGGAAGAAGGGUUGUUACCAUCGCAUAAUCGUAAGCAACGGACCGGAUAUUCAUCAACUGCUCGGAGCGUUGUUUCUGGGCGUUAUACUGAACCACCAGACAGGCUUGCUUCAGACAGCGAGCCGGCUCCCUUCGCAAAUCUGUACUCUGUAAACGCGCUUCGAGAACCUGUCUCGAUCGAAUCGAAUGGCAAUCAGAACCGGCCAUACAACUAG